UAUUGUGUUAGUAGGCAGCAUUUUCCUCACAGUAGCAGUUGUCCCAGCAGGUGAUGCUUUCCUUCCAGACUUAAUGGGGAGUUUCCAUUUGAAGUCUGUGCUCUUUAUGGCUUUGCUGCUAAAAGUGCAGAGGCUUUUCAUUCUUAAUUGGCGCCAAAGGCCUCAUAUUAAAAUGUUAUUAAAAGAGAGGUGGGAGAAAGAGUCAGGCCUCGAAGUCGGUGGAGUCCUAUUGGGCAGGGGAUCACGUUUCAGGGGGUCUGACCACAGAUCUGUAUUUAACCCACUCUGCCCUGUUAGCUCAGUGAGGACAGCUUCCCGAACCAGGUGAGUAAAACAUGUUGGGAUGAUUUUGGUCACCAGAUUACCAGAUCGAAUGACAAAUCUGUUUUGGCCAACAGCUCUUCUCUGGAUUGCAGGGAUUCAAGAUGAUUUCCACAUUAUGGUUGGCAGGGACACUCUCCUGUCUAAUGCUGCUCCCAGGUCAGUCUUUAUUGUACAGCUGCUUCAACAACAACGUAUGAAACACAUAUUAAUCAGCAUGCAUCACAUGAUUUGUCUCCUCUUACAGGCUUACUGGAUGCCAAAUCUUUGUUAAAUGCCAUCAAGCAGGAAGGUAACUGCAGAUCUGAAAGAACCUCUGCAUAAACUUAAAUAAUUGUUAGGAAGUAGUUUAACUUUUAAAGGUCUGAGCCUCAUCUCCUCUUUGAACAGAGAUGGUCCCCGUCAGUCAUGUUAACAUCGACUCCGAGAAAGCAAACAACUUUCUGACUCACUCCAGACCGAAGCGUAAUGUGGACGCCAGGUGGUACAGAGGAAACCCAGACUUCCAGGCUUACUACCGCUACUACAGCAGCAUCGGACACACUGAGGGGCUCUAUGAGAUCGACAAGCUGCGGAUGCUCUACCAGCAGAUGAGGUACCUGGAGCACACUUAUGGCCCCAACGCCUCCUACUUCCAAAGCAAACUGGGAGUGCCAAUGAUCAUGUGCGACCCAGCUACAGACAAGAAGUGCAAAGUCGCCCUUCCUCCUCCUCCUCCACCUCCGAUGAAAGGGGCCCCAAAGCCCACACAGCCCCCGGCGACUCCUCCUCCUCUUCCUCCGGCUCCAGCCAUCUCCCAGGCUGACAUUCUCUACCUGUGCAACAAGAAGGAUCCCCUGUGCAGGCCCCACAUCGUCUACAUGCCCAGCGGCGCCGUGCCUGUGCUCUGUGACCCCCGCUACCACCCCCACUGCACCCCCCAGAAAGCCGUUCCAGAACCAGCCGCAGUGCCCCAGCCACCUCCCCCUCCACCAAAAAAGUCUGCCCCGCCUCCACCAGUCCUCGUCAAGAAGUCUCCCCCGGCCCCCAUCCGCAUCUUUAAGGGCAUGGAGUACGACUGUGACCCCUACUGGGACCCCGACUGUCUGAUUGACCACCCUCCCAGGCCCGUGAAGGGGAAGAUUGUGGUCCCUCCACCACCGCCUCCCCCGCCUGUGGAGGAGGUAGAGAAAAAGGAGCCAGUGGAGGAGCCAGCUCCCCCGGCCCCCAUUGAGAAGAAAGUACCCCUCUACCCUUACCCUUACUACUACCAAAUGCCCUACGACCCCAGGGAUGACCUGUACGACCCGGUCCGCUUCCAGUACCCACAGCCUGCUGCUUCUGCUGAUGAGCCCGCAGAGGACAGUCAGUAAACCAUCGGGGACGCUGAAACAGACUUUGACUGAAGACAUCCAAGUCAAACAAUUUCAUAUUUUUGAGGGAUUUUAACAUCUCGCAAAGUGUUUGUUCAAACCUCAUCAAACUGACAAUGUAUUUACUGUCAUCGCUGUCAGCUCGUAAAAGAGCAGUUUUCAGUCAACACAAGCAUGUAAUGAGAAUGACUGAGUAGCGAGGUAAUAAAAGUGUCACAAAACUUCUCAUCGACGGCUGAGUGGUGUUUUUGUUUUGA